GAGCGGUAUUUUAUUUGAAGUUAAGUUAUUUGCCAGUAACUGAAACAUCUGCUAGCUAGCAAUCAGUCACGUGGUUGGAAUGUUCAUUAAAGUUCUAUUAAUUUGGAGAUCGAUAUGGCGCAGAGAGAGUUAAAAAUGUGCCUUCUUGGGUUCCGUACGUUGGCACCAAUGUACUACAGAGGCUCUGCGGCAGCCAUCAUUGUUUACGACAUCACCAAAGAGGACUCAUUCCAGGCAUUGAAAAACUGGAUGAAGGAGCUUCGCCAACACGGCCCUCCCAAUAUCGUGGUAGCCAUCGCUGGCAAUAAGUGUGACCUGUCCGAUGCCAGGGAGGUCUUGGAGAAGGAUGCCAUGGACAACACAGACUCCAUCCAUACCAUCUUUGUGGAGACCAGUGCCAAGAACACCAUUAACAUCCAUGAGGUCUUUAUAGAGAUAAGUCAACAGAUCACUGUCCUAGAUGAAGGAGGAAGGAAUGCAGGGAAGGGCUUCAAACUGCACCGCUAGCCCUCAGAGACCCAGACCUGCUGCUGAUGCUGCCAGUAAACCCUGAUCUUAGUCCCACCCUGACUCUUGACCCCUGACGCAAUGACCUUUCUCUGCUUGCAGCCUCCAUAGUCCCUCCAAUAGAAUACCACUCCUCCAUCGGGGACCACUGACUCCUACCGCCAUUGCCUCCUCCAUCUAAUACUCCACUCUAAAGAGCAAGCCUAUUGCAAUUCACUGGGAUAUUGCUUCGGCUUGGAUUUUGUGAAGCUGUCGGUUUGUUUCCUGUCUCCCUAUCCAGACCCCAAAAGGUUCAACCAAAGUUCACAGCCUUUAGUAUUUUGCCUUUAGGUUCCUCAAGAAGGUCAAUGGAAGUAUCACCCGCUCUCUUGCUGUGUUCACUUCUUCCUAUUCCUAUAUAGUGCACUACUUUUGACCAGGGCCCAAAAGUAGUGCACUAUAUAGGUAAAGAGGGUGCCAUUUGAGAUGUAUCCUCAAAGGUUUUCAGCGUAAAAUGUCAAUCUAGCAGUCCAAAGCCACAGCAAUUGCUAUGAUUUGCCCAAGUUAUAAGUGUUCCCUCCCUGCCUGUCUUUUAUAGGUCUUGUAAUAGUUCUGAAAAGAAGAAGAACAUUAACACAGAUUUUAUUUCUGUUUCGAUCUCGUAAACCUCUACACGGGUCCUGGCAUCAUCGGGUUUACAGCAUGCUGUGAUUUUUUUUCUUGCAAUGGCUACAGGGUCUAUUUUGUAACCGUAGACAAUAUGGGGGUUAUUUUUAACAUACCUUUACAUUUUCAGUUUCUUCUUAAAAAAAUGGCUAGGUAGGCCUGUAUAGAUGUACUUUCUCCACCUCUAAAUGGACUAAUACCAAUCUCUUACUAAAUCAACUAGAGUAAGUCACACUAAGUAUUUUUUUUAUUUUUUUACACUUAUUUUACCAGGUAAGUUGACUGAACACAUUCUCAUUUACAGCAACAACCUGGGGAAUAGUUACAGGGUAGAGGAGGGGGGAUGAAUGAGCCAAUUGUAAGCCGGAGAUGAUUAGGUAACCGUGAUGGUAUGAGGGCAGGAUUGGGAAUUUAGCCAGGACUCUUACAAUAAGUGCCAUGGGAUCUUUAGGGAUCACAGAAUCACAGAAUCAGGACACCCGCUUAAUGUCCAAAAGACAGAACCCUACACAGGGCAAUGUCCCCAAACACUGCCUUGGCGCAUUUUUAGAUCAGAGGAAAGGGUACCUCUUACUGGCCCUCCAACACCACUUCCAGCAGCAUCUGGUCUCCCAUCCAGGGACUGACCAGGACCAACCCUACUUAGCUUCAGAAGCAAGCCAGCAGUGGGAUGCAGGGUGGUAUGCUGCUGGACUAAGUAACAACAGUUUCAUUAAUCUGGAGCGUACCAAUUUGUUUUUUUACAGAGUGUCACUUCAGUCUGAAAAUAUUAACACCUGUAUGGAUCUAUCUAAUCAUUGUGAUCCAGAUUGAUGAGUCAGAAGUGCAUGACAGGAAAUGUAUUUGUGUAGUCUGACCUAUAAUGGCCCUCACACAGUGCUUUGCAGCAUAGGGCCAACUGAGGCAGGUGUUUACCAAACCGUUUGAUACUAGAGUAAUGAAAAUCCCCAAUGGGAGUAAUGCUUUUUUUAAAAUGUAUUUUGUGUUUUGUUCCUCUGUUACAAUUUUGUAUUCAUCAAUAUCGUUGUCACUUUCUUUCCAUCUGUUUUAGCCUCAUCACUUUGGAGGGGAAAUUGGUUUUGUGAUGGUAACGUGGCUGGUUGAUUGUUGCCACUGAAAAUGAGAGGACAGUCCUUUUAUGGCUGACCUCUACAUUGAGAGCAGUGAUGUAGUGGUAAAAAGUUUUUUUUAUGUAAACUCUUAUCGCCAGUCUCGGUGAAAAAAGUAACACUCUCUAUACUUUUAAUGCAGUUUUUCCACAAAAAGUGGGUAAACUGUGUUUACUUGCGUUUACCCUCCAAUACACCACUGAUUGGAAGGCUUUCAUGAUUCGGGCCCUGUGGUCGUCUCUUAAAGGGCCAGCCUGUUUGAGUGCUAACAAGACUGGCAGUCCCUAAGUGUGCGAUAUAACUUCUCAAACUGCUCACAUUUAGACUUUAAUAUUAGAGCAAAUGAGCCACUCACUGGAAUUCUGUAAAUGCAUGGCCCUGGAGUGCUUGGAGAAUACUGCCAGCCUUUUUACAGUAUUCAUUGUGUUUCAAUGUUUCUGAAAUGGCAUUUCAACUGUUUGUGUGAGUUGGCAACUCCGUCCGUCCUUGAUCUCUUGCUGUUUUUCUAUUACGACCGUUUUACAGGAGAGAUUGAUUUUGUGAGGUCCUACCAAUUCUUUAAUUGUCCCAUAAACAUUUUUCUACUUUAUUUUCUCAUUCUUUUACAGAAUAAGCACUGGCUCACACAUCCAAUGUAGUUUUACUACCUGGCCUGAGAUAAAACAUUUAAAAAAGGGCCAUAUCUAGAAACUUGUUCUGGGAAGAACUUGACUACACUCGUCGAGCUUAGAUCUUUCUAAAGAAAAGGUUACACGAAGAGAUCCAGGCACUGCGCUCCGUUGACAUGCUGACCGGCUAACAAACAGUGCUCUCUUUUCCUCUCUGAAUUCUAUGCUGUACUCUGUAUACCGGUCACAUUCGUUCCCCUCGCCCCUUCUUUCCGGCGCCGGCUGCCUUUCCUUCCGUCUACUGUGAUGCAAGCAAUUAAGUCGGGCUUGAAUAUGGAGUGGAACUGGAACACCUUGUCCAGAAAUGAAUCAUUGAAAGAACACUAUGAGCAACAUGUUCACUAUGAUGUCUUAAAUUGCUCCUGUGUAGCACAUUAAUGUUAAGUCUCGAAUGUUACAGUAGUCCAUGAGCCAUUGCCAUUUGACUGGCAAUUUAGGGAUAACACUUAGCACAGAGUUGUCAAUGGAAUUGUUCCCCUUUCCUUUUGAUUUCCUCUUAGUGGCUUUCCCUCUUGCCAAAAAUACAGAAAUGGGCCACAUUUUUAACUCCAGUUGUAAACUGGCCACAAUGCCUCCCAGUUGUCUGUCUUUUCUCCUAAUGUGUGUAUUUGUUCACUUCCCAUCAUGGAUUUAAUGACUGGUCUGAGAAAUGUGUUGGAAACUCUCUUUGUAUGCAUUGUACACCAAUCUAAUUCAAUUAUUUUAAAUGAGUGUGGAGGAGUAUACAAGUGCACACCGAUAAUAAUAAGUGGACCGAUAAUUGGAAUGCAAGGUGGGUCUCUUGAGGUUAAGUUGUCUUAGUGGCUUGUAAUCCUUUCCUUUUUACUCAACAUGUUUUUUUUUAUUGACCAUUGUGCAUUUUAGUGUUGAUAGUGAGUUGUGUAAAUAGCAGGGUAGACUACAUUCUUCAGGAAUUUGUUUUUACAACCAUGUCAGUGCAAUAAUUGUCUUUAUGGCAAGGGUUACUCAAAUGUGACAAACAAGAAUUCCUAGGGAUCAAGGAGAUUUAUAGUAUGGGUUAUAUGUUAUAUUUAGGUGUGAUGUGUUGAUUUCUGAUCAUCGAUUCUUCAAAAGGCCUUUAAAAGUUCAAUGUUAAUGAUUUUGUGGCAUUUUAAAGUGUUCCGCAAUGAUUUCCACUUGAAAUGAUAUUGUAUUUCGCAAGGACAAGGCAUUUUUUUAAAGGGAAAUUUAUUAUAGCUCUGGUACUUCUACAACUGCACUUUCAGAUCAAGUAUUUGUAUUGAUUUGUGCACCAAACCCUAUCCCCUUUCAGGUAUAUUGUUCCUGGUAGCCUAGUGGUUAGAGCGUUGGGCCAGAAACCAAAAGUUUGCUAGAUUGAAUCCCCCAAGCUGACAAGGUAAAAAUCUGUUCUGCCCCUUAACAAGGCAGUUAACCCACUGUUCCUAGGCCGUCAUUGUCAAUAAGAAUUUGUUCUUAACUGACUUGCUUAGUUUAAAAAUAUAUAUAUAUAUAUAAAAGUGGACUAAUUGCCAUUUUUCUGAAGAAAACAUAUCUGAAAAAUACUAACCAGACAAGUCCCAAUACAUCUUGCACUGUUUGAGUGAAUCAACUUGAUUAAUUGUUUUUGUAAUGCCAUUGCAUCACAUGCCGCCUUUGCAUUCCAGCAGUAAUUAUUUUACAGUAUAGCUUUUUAUUUUGCACUCUGUUGUAGAUGGUGGUGCAGCUACUCGGUGCCAUUUAAAAAGUCAUUUUAAUAGCACAUCAUAUCACUAUUUCAUUGCUCACAUUUGAUCGAAUGCUUAAUGGUUGGAAAAGUGGGUAUUUGUAAUACAUAAAUAACAAUGCAAUGUCUAAAUUGUACUGAUUAUGUCUGGUAUGUGAUAAGAUAAAGUUACUGCAUUUGGCAUGUUAUAUGAGGCAUUAUAGUGUUUAGGGGGUGUCAUAGAAAGACCCCCAGUCUUACAUGAAUUAUGUUUUGGAAAAAUACAAAGUCUUGAGCUGGUCAUGGGAAUGUGUUGCUGCCAAAUCUAUGUUUAAAUUGUCUGUUUUUCAGUGAAGAUACCACAAAACAUGGACAGGACAUUGCACAAAAAGCAAUUACUAUUUAGCCUGUAAGAUUGAAUAUAAUUAAUUGUGCAUUGUCUGAGAUGCUAGACCUGGCAUAGAUAGACAAAUGCAUGUACACUGAACCAAUAUAUAAACGCAACAUGUAAAGUGUUUUUUUGUGAGCUGAAAUAAAAGAUCCCAGAAAUGUUCCAUA